AUGGCCUGUGUUCUUUUCAGGCUUUUUUUACUUUUGGUCCUGAUAGCCUUUUCCCAAGGCAAGCGCUUGGGUCCUACAUCUCCCCUUCGUUAUUCCAGAUUCCUAGAUCCUUCCCAUGCUGUUUUCCUGCGCUGGGACUUUGAUUAUGAGGCUGAGAUAAUCACGUUUGAGCUCCAAGUCCAAACAACUGGCUGGGUUGGCCUGGGCAUCACAGAUCGGUACACCUUUGUGGGAAGUGAUCUGGUAGUUGGAGGAGUUCUACCCAAUGGCAAUGUCUACUUUUCGGAUCAGCACCUUCUGGAUGAGGACACUCUAGAACAAGAUGGAAGCCAGGAUGCUGAACUGCUAAAGCUCACAGAAGAUUCUGCCUCAACUAUCAUGCGCUUUUCCAGGCCCUUCAGAUCCUGUGAUCCACAUGAUCAUGACAUUACGAGUGAUACCAUGAGGGUCCUGGCUGCCUAUGGCCUGGAUGACAUACCCAAGAUGAGUCGGGAGCAUACUUUUGUCAAGUCCAUCUUCUUGCUUCAAAUGCUACAAUAUGAUGAUCAAGAUGCCCCUGAAGACACCAUCAUCUAUGACUUGAAGAUAAGUAAUUUCCUCAUUCCAGAGGAUGAUACCACAUAUGCCUGCACCUUUCUCCCACUUCCUAUUGUCAGCAAAAAGCAUCACAUCUUCAAGUUUGAACCUAUAUUGGUGGAACGAAAUGAGACGAUGGUGCAUCACAUUCUUGUGUAUGCAUGUGGCAAUUCUAGUGUGCUCCCCACAGGCAUCGGUGAAUGUUAUGGAUCAGACCCUUCCUUCUCCCUCUGCUCCCAUGUCGUCGCAGGCUGGGCUGUCGGGGGCCUUAGUUACCAGGUUCCAGAUGAUGUAGGCAUCUCUAUCGGAACCCCCUUUGACCCUCAAUGGAUCAGACUGGAAAUUCACUACAGCAAUUUUCAGAACCUUCCUGGUAUCCGUGAUACCUCAGGGAUGCGGCUGUACUACACCUCGCACCUUCGCAAAUAUGACAUGGGAGUUCUCCAGCUGGGAAUCUCAGUUUUUCCUAUUCACUUUAUACCCCCGGGUGCUGAGGCUUUCUUGUCCUAUGGGCUAUGUAAGACAGACAAGUUUGAAGAGAUGAAUGGGGCUCCAGUAGCUGACAUACAUGUUUCAGCCUGCCUGCUCCACACCCACUUAGCUGGGAGGUCACUGCAAGCUCUGCAAUACAGAAAUGGAACCCAGCUCCAAAUAGUAUGUAAAGAUUUCUCUUAUGAUUUCAAUCUACAAGAGUCUCGAGACUUACCUCAUCCUGUAGUGAUUAAGCCGGGGGAUGAGCUGCUAACAGAAUGUCAUUACCAGACACUGGAUCGUGACUUCAUGACUUUUGGUGGUGCCAGCACCAUUAAUGAGAUGUGCCUUGUCUUCUUCUUCUACUAUCCCAGAAUUAACAUCUCCAGUUGCAUGGGAUACCCUGAUAUCAUCUAUGUGACCAAUGAGCUGGGGGAAGAAGCAUCAGAAAAUCCCAUGGAGAACCUGAUGGUCCUGAAUAAUGUUGAGUGGACUCCAGAGAACAUUAAGAAAGCUGAGAAAGCCUGCAAGGAGUCCCAGCAGACAGUAUUGAUCAAGACCAUUGAUGAAGAAGUAGAAAAUACAACAGGUUGGAUUCCUGAUAUUAUACCAACUCCUCGAGGAUCAUGCUUAGAGUCUUCUGGAGGCAAAGUAGAACCUCAGGACAAGACCCCUGCAGGCUUCAGGGCUGUACCAAUGGCUCUCUCUGGCUCCCAUGCUGAUACUCUGAGGCACCUGCCCAUGGUUGCUGUCCUGUUCCUGCAGGGUAGCCUCUCAUGGCUCCUUGCAAUGCUCCAGACUGGAGUGUGA